GGGAAAAUUUGCAGUGGUGAAGAAAUGUAUCCAGAAAGACACUGAAAAAGAAUUUGCAGCAAAAUUCAUGAGAAAAAGAAGAAAGGGCCAAGACUGUCGGAUGGAAAUAAUCCAUGAAAUUGCAGUCCUUGAGCUGGCACAGUGCAACCUUUGGGUCAUUAACCUGCAUGAAGUUUAUGAAACUGCAACAGAGAUGAUCUUAGUCCUGGAAUAUGCUGCUGGAGGUGAAAUCUUUGACCAGUGUGUGGCUGAAAGAGAAGAAGCCUUCAAAGAAAAAGAUGUUAAACGACUUAUGAAGCAGAUCUUGGAAGGAGUUUCAUUCUUGCACAGAAACAACGUGGUUCACCUUGACUUAAAGCCUCAAAAUAUCCUACUAACCAGUAAGUCUCCUUUGGGAGACAUUAAGAUAGUAGAUUUUGGCCUUUCCAGAAUAAUGAAGAGCAGUGAGGAACUAAGAGAAAUUAUGGGAACUCCAGAAUACGUAGCUCCUGAAAUUCUGAGUUACGACCCAAUCAGUACAGCCACCGACAUGUGGAGCAUUGGAGUACUGGCAUAUGUUAUGCUAACAGGGAUAUCGCCUUUCUUAGGGGAUGAUAAACAAGAAACAUUCUUAAAUAUAUCUCAAAUGAACGUAAGUUUCUCUGGAGAAGACUUUGACCUCAUAUCAGAGUCUGCUGUGGAUUUCAUCAAAACUCUGCUGGUUAAGAAACCUGAGGACCGAGCAACUGCUGAAGAAUGUCUUCAACAUCCAUGGUUAGAACAAAGCGAUAAUCCUGCUUGCAGGGCCUGGAAUAAGAGUACAGGAGGGGAGACCAGCGACGUCGCCCAGAAAGAUGCAGAUUCCACCUCUGAAAAAUCAGUAGAUGCUGAGAAGACUGAAGAGGAAGAAUCAAUAGUGACAGAAGAACUAAUUGUAGUGGCUUCAUAUACACUGGGACAAUGCAGGCAGUCAGAAAAAGAAAAAGUAACUGAGCAGAAAGCCAUUUCCAAACGAUUUAAAUUUGAGGAACCAUUGCUGCAAGAAAUACCAGGAGAAUUCAUUUACUGAACUGUGUGGAGCUUCAUAGCUAUAACUGGAAGGCAGUGUUUUCUACUAAACAAAAAUAUCCUAGCCAAGUGAAUUUCUGAUAUGCAAUAAAUGUUCUAGAUAAAAGAAAAUGUUGAUAAAUGACAUCCAAGGAAAAUGUGCCAAGUUUUUAAUUUCAUGGAACAGAUAAACAAGAUUGCAAGUGGCUGACAGGAAUUUAACAAAAAGCUUAUUUUUGUUUGUAAUUUUUAUUUCUGGGGGUUUUUUGUUGUUGUUGCUUGAUAGCAGAGUUUUUGUUAAUUGUUCCAGUGUUCUGGAGAAGUUGACAUUGGAAGUGUUUCAGUGACAGAUGUCAAGAGGAGUAUUUUAGGAUAUGUUUUGGCAUUUAAUGCAAAUAUAUAAUGCUGGGUUUUCCUCAAACACCUUUUAGCACUCCUGACUUCAGUGGACCUAUCUACUGAUUUAAAAAUUGUAUGAGAGGAGAAUUUGAUCAACUGUUUUGACAUAGA